GUCUAUGAGGUGAUUUGGGGGUGACAGUGAAGAGUAAAGCAGUGGAUAAGUCUAGUCAUGACAGGCAGGUGGAGGCAUUGUGGGUACAAUUGUGUAAUGUGAGGGGCUCAUGUAGUGUGUGUCUAAUGUAGUGGGCUGUGGGUACAGUAGUGAGUGUGUGUAAUAUGGGGGUAUUUUAGUCUAUGAGGUGAUUUGGGGGUGACAGUGAAGAGUAAGGCAGUGGAUAAGUCUAGUCAUGACAGGUGGAGGCAUUGUGGGUACAAUUGUGUAAUGUGAGGGGCUCAUGUAGUGUGUGUCUAAUGUAGUGGGCUGUGGGUACAGUAGUGAGUGUGUGUAAUAUGAGGGUAUUUUAGUCUAUGAGGUGAUUUGGGGGUGACAGUAAAGAGUAAGGCAGUGGAUAGGUCUAGUCAUGACAGGCAGGUGGAGGUAUUGUGGGUACAAUUGUGUAAUGUGAGGGGCUCAUGUAGUGUGUGUCUAAUAUAGUGGGCUGCGGGUACAGUAGUGAGUGUGUGUGUAAUAUGAGGGUCUUUUAGUCUAUGAGGUGAUUUUGGGGUGACAGUAAAGAGUAAGGCAGUGGAUUAGUCUAGUCAUGACAGGCAGGUGGAGGCAUUGUAUGUGUUCUAUGAGGGGCAUAUACAGAAUGGGUGGUAAAGUAGAGAUGACAGUGAAAUAGUCAUGACAAGAAGGGGGUAUUGUGGGUCACACUCACAGCUCCUGGAAGCCUUCUGCUGCCCUCGGCUGCUCCUGAGACUGAAGAGGCUGGUAGAGGACAACAACCCCUUUAAGAGCAGGAGCUCAUAGCCUGGAGGAGGGUGCAAGGAUAAGACAUGCAGAAGAUAUCCUGACCAAGAAUAGCCCAUGUAGUGACUGAGGGUGCAGGAACAAUACCGACGCAGGACCAGUAAUUUCAUUAGAACGGCAGCUAAAACAACCAGGGCAGAGAAUAAGAAAAAGAAGGCAGAUAAGAAAGGCUGAAUGAGAAAGACAAAUUACCGAAAGAGGACAUUUUCAUGCCCAUUUCUAUUGUGAUACACUAGUUCAGUACAUAGAUCUGAGGGGCCGCUUCUUCUGAAUCGUGAUAUGAAUAAAUACUGUCGCUCUGUCUGGGGAGACCCUUCACUUCCUAACUAUAAAAGGUGUGGAUCUAGAGACAACUCCUACCAUGGAGAACGUUGCUUAGAUGUUGUGAUCCCAGAUUCCCAUCUAUAUGGAUAUGAAGUAUGGCCAAUGAAUGGUAUAGAGCCUGAUCAUGUGACACCGAGUGGCACUGGUGUUCUUGAUACAGACUUCCUUUUAUAUGUAAGGGUAGCACAGACAGAGAAAUGUGCAUUGCAGCCAUCAGUUAUUGCCUAUGCCGCAUAUUGUCAGCUGGACCAUUCCGGUCGUCCGAUUGCUGGGGUUAUUGUAUUUUGCCCGAAGCGCCUUAAAGAUGGAAUAUAUCAACAUCAACACGUUAUGCAGGUAUGUCUACAUGAGAUACUUCACGCCCUUGGAUUCUCUAGCAGUCUUUUUGAACGCUGGAUAGACUGCAGUUUUUCAGGACAUAUGUGUUCUUCCCGAUCCCGUGUGACAAACACAGAUGAAAGGGGUCAGCUGCGUAUUUACACCCCAAAUGUAAUGCAAAGAAUGGGGGAGCACUUAGGAGCAGGUAGUGUUGGAGCCCCUCUAGAAAACCAGGAAAGCCCAGCUUCAUCGCACUGGGAAUCCAGAAUUAUGCAGGGAUCCAUCCUAACAGCUUCACUUAGUCCUCCACACCUAACAUUCCUGGAUCCAAUCACUCUAGCUGCCUUUCAAGAUAUGGGCUGGUAUGGGGUUAAUACAAGUAUACACAGUCAUCUAGUGUGGGGUAAAGGAGCUGGUGUUUACUUCGGUCUACCUUCCACAUGUCAAGAUAAAUUAGCAGGUUUCUUCUGUGGAGAAGAAGGUGAGAUUGGCUGUCACUAUCUCCAUUUGGACAAAGGUAACUGCUCUACGGAUGCAUACCUGGAUGGCUGCCGUAUUUAUAAGCCCCUCAUACAAGGGGGGGAGUGUUGGCUGCUACAAGAACACCAUGUAUCAGAUGAAAUAUACCACCCUCAGAGUCGCUGCUUCUUCUCCAAUCUUACCAAGGAAAUGAAGCAUGAAAAGGUCAAAGGACGUUGCUAUCUGCAUCGCUGCGUAGCUCCAAACAUUUUCCAGAUCAAAGUUCAAGGUUCGGAAUGGACAGACUGCCCCGCUGGAGAGUGGAUAGAGGUUAAAGGCUAUGAAGGCAUUCUACUAUGUCCAAAUGGAAGGCUCUGUUUGGGGUUCGACCAACCGCCUGCCCCGACCACUGUUCCCACCACAACCCCCAUCUACAGCACAUUUCCUCAAAUAACAAGCCCAGGACUAAGGGUGCAGUUAACAACCAUGCAAAAUCUAAACUGGAAUACAGCUAAGAAAUUCCUUACAGAAGAAGUCCUAGCGGUCAUUGCCCAGCACGCUGGAAUACAAAGAUGCUUUUUACAUGCUUCCACACUGGACAAAGACUUAUCGUUUGUUCUCAUGGUUGGAAAACCUAAUAACUGCCAUCCACAUCCCACUGGAUCGUCGCCCCAUUCUUCCAUUGUGAAUCUUAUUGAUAAUCCUAUAACAUAUGAGUCUCCUCACUUUUCUACUGUCACCAUCAGGUUGCUGUCUCCUGGCUCCCAAAACAGUAUCUUCAGUGAAGUUAGUCUGAUCGUUGGCUGUGUUGGGGUCAUCCUGUUCUGUACAAUGAUUCUUGUCAUCUGCUGGUGUAAACACAGGGCUAGAGUCUCACAAGUAAGAGACAUUUAUCAUGCACAGCCCUAAAAUAAAAGACUUGUGCAAUGAGGGAUUUAUUUGAGACGUCCGCUUCACAGGAGAGAAGAGAGGAUGCCACUUCAUCCUGUUAGAUAUUAACAGAACGAAAUCAGAACGUCAAAGUGAAUGACAUUAUGUAACAAUUUCCACGUAUCUGCUAUAACAUUUACAUGAAAGGUUUGUCAGUGCAAUGACUGGUCUCUUUUUUCCCCCACAGUAUGAAAUAAUAAAACAAAAAUGUUCCUAAUUUGUA